UAUGAUAGAAAACUUGUCAUUAGAAUGAAUGGGACAGCAUACUCAAACUUUGAUAAUCAAGAACAUGUCCUCAAAUUAGGCGAAACUUUCGAGAAACAACCAAAAAGUGCUUUCCAUACGGUACGAUAUGACUUUAAACCAGCGUCCAUAGACACUACAUGUGAAGGGGAUCUGGAAGUUGGAAAGGGAGAACAAGUCACUAUAACAUUACCUAACCUGGAGGGAUCCACUGCUCCAGUUACAGUGUUUAAAGGAUCCAAAAGGCCUUAUACGAAGGAGUGCAUUCUUAUUGUAAACCAUGACACAGGAGAAUAUCGUCUGGAAAAGCUUAACAGCAACAUUUCGGUUAAAAAGACAAGAGCGGAAGGCAGCAGUAAGAUCCAGUCACGUCUGGAGCAGCAGACCUCAAGGCUCAGUCAGCAAAUGAAAAGUGGCAAUGGAGGGAAAGCUCCGAACAAUUCCAAGAGCCCCCCUGCUAAAGAAAAGUUGUCUCCUACUUCCCCCAUGGACGAUAUUGAGAGAGAAUUGAUGGCUGAGGCUCGUGUGAUGGAUCAGAUGAGCAGUGGUGACAGCUCCUCAGACUCUCAAAGCUCGUCCUCAUCUAGCAGUGAGGACAGCUCAAGCAGCAGCGAUUCUGAAGAUGAAACUCGGCCUUCGUCAGGCAAAUCUCACACAGUGCCUGCGUCCACCCACAGCAUGCCCAUCCUCACCACUCAUGAGCGCAUGGAGGAUGGGGGUGGACACCACAUGAACACACUCGAAAACGAUCUUCGGCUGAGCGAAUCUGGCAGCGAGAGUGACGAUGAUUGAGAGCUAAAGGACUUAAGGCACACUCCUUGUUGUGGAACCGAGAGAUGGGGUUAUCAGGACCUGCCCACUCACUAACACUGUGAUAUGGGGAUUUUUAAUUAUCUAUCAAACUUUAAUUAUUAAACAUUUUCUUUCUUCAGAACAGCAGUGUUUUGUCAACACCGAACAUGCUGUUUGGUUGACAGGUUAAAGCUGUGAAAGUUUUCAUAUGGAUUUAAUUAUUUAUUUUGCUAAAGGCAACUGUGUAGAACCUAAAGUGUUUUGUUUUUGUUUUUUAAAGAGAAACAGUUAUUUCCACUCACAAAGUGUGUACAGGUGCCAAAGGGGUGAGAGAAUAUUACUUUAGUUUUGGAGAAAUGUCUUAUUUGUUGUCUGAGGCUGUUUGUUUUAGCUCCAGAUGCCAGAGCAGCAUAUAAUUUGUGGUCUUAUGAUCACUUGGAAAUAAUGUUAUUCAUUGUACAUUACAAUCUUUAAUAAUUACAAUCUCAUAUUCAGCAGUUUUUGCUUAGAGCCUGCAAUACUUGAAUGUGUCUGUUGUAAUCACAGUUAUUCUAAGAAGGAUGCUUAAAGCCGUUUCAGUGCUGUAAUCUAUUGAUAGGAGAUGCUUUUGAUAAGAAAAGAACGCCAGGCUGCUUAUUAUAUAAUUAUAGAGUAUAACGAAUGUUUUCUGCUUUCCACUACAUUCACCUAUACCAUGCUUUGGUUUCUUAUCUGUGAUGAAGUGACACUCAGAGAGGUCAAAGAUGCCUGUAGUCAAUUCUGCAUCUCUGCACAAAUAGACUAGAAAGAUAUGGUUUUGGAUAUAAUAAAUGUGCUUCUACAAAUAGUGCUUGAACAUUAAAGGUGUUUAGAACAAU